UACUACAACACACAUUGCUAGCACAUAUAAUUCUUGUCACUACAAACUCCACUAGGGGUUUUUACAUUCUUGUCAAAUGGCUAAUCUCUCGUUGUUGGUGGCAGUUUUAGCUCUUUCACUUUCAUCAGUUGCUUUAGCAGCUGAUAAUAGUGCUCUCCAAGAUUUCUGUGUGGCAGACCCAAAAGGGCAAGUGUUAGUGAACGGUUUGGCAUGCAAGGAUCCAAAACUUGUUGAAGCAAACGACUUCUUCUUCAGCGGUCUUCACACAGCAGGCAACACCACAAACCCUAAUGGCUCAAAAGUGACACCAGUCUUCGCAACUCAGCUUCCAGGGUUGAACACUCUCGGCAUCUCCAUGGCUCGCAUUGACUACGCUCCAUGGGGAAUUAACCCUCCUCACAUGCACCCUCGCGCCACCGAGAUUUUAACCGUUCUCGAUGGCGCCUUAGAGGUUGGAUUCGUCACUUCCAACCCCGAAAACCGCCACUUCAGGGUGGUUCUACAGAAGGGUGAUGCGUUUGUGUUCCCCAUAGGGCUCGUCCAUUACCAGAGAAAUGUUGGGUAUGGCAAUGCUGUGGCCAUUGCAGCACUUAGCAGCCAGAAUCCAGGACUCAUAACCGUUGCUAAUGCGGUGUUUGGGGCUACGCCGGAUAUAGAUAGUGAUGUUCUUGUUAAGGCUUUCCAUUUGGACAAGGCUAUCGUCAAUUAUCUACAGUCCAACAAGUUCUAGGUACAAGAACAUGGGAGAGAUAUAGAAUUUCAUUUAUUGUUUACUGUGUGUUCACUGUAUUGAAUUUUAUGUGUGUAGUUUUUAUGCAUUUUAUCCAUCUCUAUGCUUUAUUAUUUGUUGGCCUUUUUGUGUUAAGGUCUAUCAAUUGAUUAAUUUAUAGAAUUUGGUAUUG